AUGUCUCAUCGUCAUUUUAAAGGCCCGAAGAAUGGCAUUUGCAAAGCUCAAUCAGCGAUUAGAAGCGAUAAGAAACUUUCCAAACUCGCAGAACAGGGGCUUUCGGCACUGGAGGAUACCAUUCCUUGGCCCAAGGAAGAUAGUUGUACGCAACAAGCUGUAUCUUUCGGUGGGACAGGCAAAGUUGCGAAUCACGAAGACACCCCACGCCAUCAUAUGAGUACCUCAGAUGAGCAAUAUCCCGAGCCCAAAAAGCAGACUAAGAUACUACUCAAAGAGCUCGAAUGCAAUGAUGAUCCUGCCGAGGCACAAAAUCUCGAAGGGAAUUCUUUCUGGCACAACAUGAGCAAGUGA